AUGGCGCUUCCACCUUCGCUUCAGGCCCUUUCGAUCGGCUCGCUCACUGCUCCCAACACCCUUGAGCUCUACCUCGACUAUCUGUGCCCCUUCUCCGCAAAACAGCUCAAGGGUGUCAACGAGCACUUGCUGCCUCUCGUCAUCGGAGACUCGGCCCAGUACAAGAACAAGGUCCGCAUCGUUAUCCGACCCUACCCACAGCCAUGGCACUCUAGCUCGACGCUGCUGCAUGAGUCGGCUCUAGCAGUGGCCAAGAUUGCUCUCACGGAUCCUGCCAGAACUGCAAUCCCAGAUCGCAACGCAUUCUGGCUCUAUUCCUUGGAGCUCAUGAAGGAGCAAGAGCGCUUCUUUGAUGGACCCGCCAGAGGCAAGGCGCCUGAUCAGAUCCGCGGCGAGCUCGCCACCCUUGUUAUUGAGACCGUCGGCGAAGGUCCCAAAAAGCGCAAUCAGGAAGCUAUUCACCGGGACCUGCAGGGAACUCCGCUCGGCCAGUCUGUUAAGAACCUCAUCCGAGUCGAGAAGGAAGGCAACGGCGGAAGCGCCGUUGUUCCGGAACUCAAGUACUGCGUUAAGCUUGGUCGUCAGAACGGUAUUCAUGUAACACCCACUUGCCUCUGGAAUGGUCUCGUCGAAGGCAGCAUCUCGUCGUCCUUCGACCAGACUGCCUGGAAGGAGUUCCUCGCCAAGCAGCUGUCUUGA